CCUAGCCCAUUAGUAUAUAACUCCUUAAUUCCCUCCAUACACCAACUAGGGUUUCAUAAUCAACACUCAACAGCAGCCGCCUUUGCAGUAAUCUCCCAGCAGCUACAACAACUACAAUGGCGAGAAUCAAGGUUCAUGAACUGAGGAGCAAAUCGAAGACUGAACUAUUGGCUCAGUUGAAGGAUCUGAAGGCCGAGCUUGCCCUUCUUCGUGUUGCAAAGGUCACUGGUGGUGCUCCUAACAAGCUCUCCAAAAUCAAGGUGGUAAGGUUGUCUAUUGCACAGGUUUUGACUGUAAUUUCACAGAAGCAAAAAGCUGCUCUUCGUGAAGUUUACAAGAACAAGAAAUACCUGCCUCUCGAUUUGCGUCCCAAGAAAACUAGGGCCAUCCGCAAACGUUUGACUAAGCACCAGGCGUCGUUGAAGACGGAGAGAGAGAAGAAGAAGGAGAUGUACUUCCCUUUGAGAAAGUACGCGAUCAAAGUGUAGGAUAGGAGAUCUCGACUUUGCUGGAGAUUUUGAUGAACUAUUUUAUCAUGCAAAUUUUGUUUAGUUUUCUUUCAUUUGGUGCUUAUGACAUUAUUAACAUGAUUGAUAUGGAGCUUUAUUUGUUCCAAAUAUCAAGUGUUUUGCCUUUUUUAUGCUAUGAGAAGUACCUUGAUUUAAUGCA